AUGUUCCGCAGAAGGCGCAAAUGUGAUGUCAUGCCCAUUGUUUUGGUGCGCCCGACCAAUCGGACUCGCCGCCUGGAUUCUACCGGAGCCGGCAUGGGCCCUUCCUCGCACCAGCAGCAGGAGUCUCCGCUCCCGACCAUAACGCAUUGCGCAGGGUGCACCACCGCCUGGUCUCCCUGCAGCUUUAACAGCCCUGACAUGGAAACCCCAUUGCAGUUCCAGCGCGGCUUCUUCUCGGAGCAGCCGCCGCCGCCGUCGCGCUCCUCGCACCUGCAUUGCCAGCAGCAGCAGCAGAGCCAGGACAAGCCGUGCGCGCCCUUCGCUCCCCUCCCGCACCCUCACCACCACCCGCACCUCGCGCACCAGCAGCCGGGCAGCGGCGGCAGCAGCCCAUGCCUCCGGUGCAACAGCUGCGCCUCCUCCGGUGCCCCGGGGGCGGGGGCGGGGGAUAACCUGUCCCUGCUGCUCCGUACCUCCUCGCCCGGCGGCGGCGCCUUCCGGACCCGCACUUCCUCGCCGCUGUCGGGCUCGUCGUGCUGCUGCUGCUGCUCGUCGCGCCGGGGCAGCCAGCUCAAUGUGAGCGAGCUGACGCCGUCCAGCCAUGCCAGUGCGCUCCGGCAGCAGUACGCGCAACCGCCAGCGUCCGCCUCCCAGUACCACCAGUGCCACAGCCUGCAGCCCGCCGCCAGCCCCACGGGCAGCCUCGGCAGCCUGGGCUCUGGGCCCCCGCUCUCGCACUACCACCACCACCCGCACCCGGCGCACCACCAGCACCACCAGCCCCAGGCGCGCCGCGAGAGCAACCCCUUCACCGAAAUAGCCAUGAGCAGCUGUAGGUACAACGGGGGCGUCAUGCGGCCGCUCAGCAACUUGAGCGCGUCCCGCCGGAACCUGCACGAGAUGGACUCCGAGGCGCAGCCCCUACAGCCCCCGGUGUCUGUCGGAGGAGGUGGCGGCGCGUCCUCCCCGUCUGCUGCCGCGGCCGCCGCCGUUUCGUCCUCAGCCCCGGAGAUCGUGGUAUCCAAGCCGGAGCACAACAACUCCAAUAACCUGGCGCUCUACGGAGCCGGCGGCGGCGGCAGCACUGGAGGAGGCGGUGGCGGCGGCGGCAGCGGGCAUGGCAGCAGCAGUGGCACCAAGUCCAGCAAAAAGAAGAACCAGAACAUCGGCUACAAGCUGGGCCACCGGCGCGCCCUGUUCGAGAAGCGCAAGCGGCUCAGCGACUAUGCGCUCAUCUUUGGCAUGUUCGGCAUCGUGGUUAUGGUCAUCGAGACCGAGCUGUCGUGGGGCGCCUACGACAAGGCGUCGCUGUAUUCCUUAGCUCUGAAAUGCCUUAUCAGUCUCUCCACGAUCAUCCUGCUCGGUCUGAUCAUUGUGUACCACGCCAGGGAAAUACAGUUGUUCAUGGUGGACAAUGGAGCAGAUGACUGGAGAAUAGCCAUGACUUAUGAGCGUAUUUUCUUCAUCUGCUUGGAAAUACUGGUGUGUGCUAUUCAUCCCAUACCUGGGAAUUAUACGUUCACAUGGACGGCCCGGCUUGCCUUCUCCUAUGCCCCAUCCACCACCACCGCUGAUGUGGAUAUUAUUUUAUCUAUACCAAUGUUCUUAAGACUCUAUCUGAUUGCCAGAGUCAUGCUUUUACAUAGCAAACUUUUCACUGAUGCCUCCUCUAGAAGCAUUGGAGCGCUUAAUAAGAUAAACUUCAAUACGCGUUUUGUUAUGAAGACUUUAAUGACUAUAUGCCCAGGAACUGUACUCUUGGUUUUUAGUAUCUCAUUAUGGAUAAUUGCCGCAUGGACUGUCCGAGCUUGUGAAAGGUACCAUGAUCAACAGGAUGUUACUAGCAACUUCCUUGGAGCAAUGUGGUUGAUAUCAAUAACUUUUCUCUCCAUCGGUUAUGGUGACAUGGUGCCUAACACAUACUGUGGGAAAGGAGUCUGUUUGCUCACUGGGAUUAUGGGUGCUGGUUGCACAGCCCUGGUGGUAGCUGUGGUAGCAAGGAAGCUAGAACUUACCAAAGCAGAAAAGCACGUGCACAACUUCAUGAUGGACACUCAGCUGACAAAAAGAGUGAAAAAUGCAGCUGCCAAUGUACUCAGGGAAACAUGGCUAAUUUACAAAAAUACAAAGCUAGUGAAAAAGAUAGAUCAUGCAAAAGUCAGAAAACAUCAACGGAAAUUCUUGCAAGCUAUUCAUCAAGCGCGGAAAUUGAGAAGUGUAAAAAUGGAACAGAGGAAGCUGAAUGACCAGGCGAACACCUUGGUGGACCUGGCGAAGACCCAGAACAUCAUGUAUGACAUGAUUUCCGACUUAAAUGAAAGAAGUGAAGACUUUGAGAAGAGGAUCGUUACCCUGGAAACGAAGUUAGAGACUUUGAUUGGCAGCAUCCACGCCCUGCCUGGGCUCAUAAGCCAAACCCUCAGGCAGCAGCAGAGAGACUUCCUCGAGGCUCAGAUGGAGAACUAUGACAAGCACGUCCCCUACGAUGCUGAGCGGUCCCGGUCCUCGUCCAGGAGGCGGCGGUCCUCCUCUACAGCGCCACCAACUUCAUCAGAGAGUAGCUAG